GGUCACAUUGCCCGCAGCCCAGGGCGCCUGGCGAGCUCCGCGCGUCCGGGCAGGAGCGGAGGGCGCCGCGGCACCAUGGGGUCCGGGGACUUCGAGCUGAUUUUUGACCGCGUGGGACACUUCGGCAGAUUCCAGAUAUUCCUCUAUUUUGUAUGUGCCUUCCAGAACAUCUCUUGCGGCAUCCACUAUUUGGCUUCUGUGUUCAUGACUGUCACCCCCAGAUAUGUCUGCAAACCCCCAGGCAAUGUGAGCUUGGUUCUGUUCCAGCAGCACUUCAGUGGGAAGUUGGAGGACACCUGGGCCCUGUUUUCCCCAGGCCAGGAAGGUCACAUUGCACUGCAGCUGCAGGAUGGCUGUGUCUGGGAGCUCCUUGGGUGUCACAUGUUCCGGAGGGAGGAUGCAGUUUAUUUGGAGUACAACUACAACGGCAGUAAGCGUGAGUUUCCAUGCUUGGGUGGCUAUGUCUAUGACCGGAGCAAGUGGGAAAACACUGUGGUGACCGAGUGGGAUCUGGUCUGUCACCGAGAAUGGCUUGCAAAGCUGAUCCAGCCUGUGUUUAUGCUUGGAGUCCUGCUGGGAGCGGUGAUUUUUGGCUACCUCUCUGACAGGAUAGGAAGACGGCUCAUCUUGUGGUGUACAAGCAUUGGCCAGUUGCUGUUUGGAAUAGCCGUGGCAUUCACUCUUGAUUAUUACAGCUUCAUGGUCACCCGCUUUCUUCUUGCCAUGGUCGCAAGCGGCUAUCUCGUGGUUGUAUUUGUCUACGUGACGGAAUUCAUCGGCAUGAAGGCUCGGACGUGGGCCUCCAUCCACAUGCAUUCCUUUUUUGCCAUUGGGGUAAUGGCGGUGGCUUUGGUGGGCUACUCGGUCAGGACCUGGCGGCUCUAUCAGAUGGUUCUCUCCACGGUGAACGCCCCCUUUGUCCUGUGCUGUUGGACGCUCCCGGAGACACCUUUCUGGCUUCUCUCCCAGGCACGAUAUGAAGAAGCACAAAAAGUACUUGAUAAGAUGGCCAAAUGGAAUAGAACCAGCUCCUGCAAACUAUCUGAACUUUUAUCUUUAGACCUAAAUGGUCCUGUUGGUAACAACCUCUCCAAAGUAAAGAAGCACAACAUAUCAGAUCUGUUUUAUGACUGGAAUAUUGCAUUCAGGACACUUUCCAUUUGGCUGAUUUGGUUCACAGGGAGUUUGGGAUUCUACUUGUUCUCCUUGAAUUCUGUUAAUUUAGGAGGCAAUGAAUACUUAAACCUCUUCCUCAUGGGCGCAGUGGAACUUCCCGCCUACAUCUUCGUGUGCAUUGGGAUGGACAAGGUGGGAAGAAGAAAUGUUCUGGCCUUCUCCCUUAUGUUAAGUGCAGUGAUCUGUGCUGUGAUUAUGGGGAUCCCCCAGGAUUACCAUAUUUGGGGUGUGGUGGCAGCUAUGGCUGGAAAAUUUGCCAUAGCAGCAGCCUUUGGCCUUAUUUACCUUUACACAGCAGAGCUGUAUCCAACCAUUGUGAGGUCCCAGGCUGUGGGAAGUGGCAGCAUGAUGUGCCGUGUGGGAAGUAUCGUGGCCCCUUUCUGCAUUUACCUCACUAGCGUUUGGAUCUUCACACCACAGUUGCUUGUUGGGACCGUGGCCUUUCUGAGCGGAGGGCUAACACUAAUGCUUCCAGAAAUGCUGGGGAAGCCUCUGGCGAAUACUUGGGAGGAGGCUGCAAAGCUGGAGUCAGGAAAAGAGAGCAGUUUGGGAAAAUUACUUCCCACAACCAAUAAUAUUGUGUUGGAAAAAAUAGAUGUGAUUAACCCAGGGGAUGCUGGUCUUUGUGAAUAAAUGUGUGAUAUGUGCUGUCUAGCACCUGAAAUGCUGUUUACCUUAAUGCCUUUGUAUUAGAGAAAUAUUAUUCUCAUCUCCUACAUGUUAUUCAUAGGCAUCUUUUUAAAAAUUUUGUUAGAAGUUUAAAAAAAAUUAUUUUGUAGAAGUUAAAAAAAAAAGAUACGGGACAGAUAUUAUGAUUCUACUUAUAUGAAAUACUCUACAGAAAGUAGAGUACAAGUUAUGGGAUGGGAGGGGAGGCAGGAGGGAGAAUGGGGAGUUAAUGCAUAAUGAGCGUGGGGUUUUGAUUUGGGGAGAUGAGAAAGUUCUGCUAAUGGAUGGUGGUGAGAGUAGCACAAUAUUGUGACUGCGAUGAAUCCCAUUGAAUGGUAUUCUUGGGAGUGGUUGAGAUGGGAAGGUUUAUGUUGUAUAUAUGUUUCCACAAUUUAAAAAAAAAAGAGCAACUAAAGAGACAAUGAAAAUUAAAUUUAAUACCUGAUCCUGGAUUGGAUCUAGUAUUGGAGGAAUAAAGGCCUCAGAUGACAUUGUUGGGACCUAAGAAAACAAUGGAAUAUAAACUGAAACUAUAUAUCCAUGUUUAAGUUCUUGAACUUGAUUUUUUUUUAAAAUUCAUUUUUACUGAGAUAUAUUCACAUACCAUGCAGUCAUACAAAGCGUACCUUCAGUUGUUCACAGUACCAUUAUACAGUUGUGUGUUCAUUAC